CUCCCCACCCCCGCUCUCCAAAAAUUUUAAAAAAUAAAAAAUAAAAAGAAUAUUGGGUGGCAAAAAAGUCCACAUGGGACCUGAAGGAACUGCCACCGCGUAGGGGCAGAAUGGCUGACAUAAAGAAGCAGGUCACCCUGGGCAGGGCGCUGGGGUCCCCUCGUGCCUCCUGUCUACAGGGAUUUAGGCGGGGGGCAAUCUUCCUGCCGCUCUUGUCUUUGCUGUGUGUGGCACAUUCACGCUGACCUCUGCACAUCCCUGCAGCUGGGGUGAGCUUUUGCCUUUUCCCGUCUGAUAGAACUUCUGAGCCGGAGGCACUGGACCAGCCCCGAGCUCAGCUCCGGUCUGCACUGCUGGUCUGGGGGUCGCUUGGGUUUUCAUUCCUCCGCACGGGUCCUUUGCCGCUGCUGCGCCCCUCCGCGGGCCUGGAGACGCUUCCUGCUUUGCUGCCUCUGCAGCCUGCUGUCCCGCCCCCGCGGCGCCCGCAGGACCCGCAGGACGGAGGAGGGCGCGGCUCCUGCCGAGUCCCUGGGUUCCCAGGGGACGACACCAGCGCCUCCCAUCCCCGCCAGCGGGCAGCGCCCGAGCCCCCCUCCGGGUUUGGGACAGACUGGGACUAACUCCUGGCUCAAGAGCUGGCACUCCGAUGGCACCCUGGCCGCUGUGAGGAGCACCCCCAACAGCCGUUCUGGCCGGUCUGCUCUGGUCCUGAUCACACCGGCCUCGCCGUGGCCCCCUCCAUGCAGGGCGGGGAGGGACUCUUGGGUGUGUCCAGCCCCACACAGGCGUCCUCUGAGUGGCACCCGGUGCUGUGGCCACAGCCGUGGGCUGACAAGAUUUGGAGCGGCCAGUGUAAGCAUGUCCUCGGGCUGUGGGACCCCCCCCGACAGCGUGUGCCGCACCAGAGUACCCCAGAUGGGACGGCUGACGGCAGAGACACUGACCUGCUCGCGGAGCCGGCGGCCAGGAAGUCUGGGACCAGCCUCACCGUGCCCUCACCUGGGGCGAGCUGGCAGAGGACAGCAUGGAGACAGAGAACGCUGCAGCGGCCGCAGCGGCUGCGUUCACGGCUUCCUCGCAGCUCAAGGAGGCCGUGUUAGUGAAGGUGGCUGAAGAGGAGGAGAGUCUGGAGGCUGAAAUCGUGUACCCCAUCACCUGCGGAGACAGCAGAGCCAACCUGAUCUGGAGGAAGUUUGUGUGCCCGGGUAUCAACGUCAAGUGUGUUCAGUAUGACGAGCACGUGAUCAGCCCGAAGGAGUUUGUGCACCUGGCCGGCAAGUCCACCCUGAAGGACUGGAAGAGGGCCAUCCGCAUGAACGGAAUCAUGCUUAGGAAGAUCAUGGACUCUGGGGAGCUGGACUUCUACCAGCACGACAAGGUCUGCUCCAACACCUGCCGCAGCACCAAGAUCGACCUUUCGGGUGCCCGUGUGUCCCUGAGCAGCCCCACCUCUGCCGAGUACAUUCCGCUCACCCCCGCCACGGCUGACGUGAACGGGUCCCCUGCUACCAUCACCAUAGAGACCUGUGAGGAUCCCGGUGACUGGACCACGGCCAUUGGAGACGACACCUUCUCCUUCUGGCGAGGGCUCAAGGACGCGGGUCUGCUGGACGAGGUCAUACAGGAGUUCCACCAGGAGCUGAUGGAGACCAUGAAAGGCCUGCAGCAGCGGGUCCAGGACCCCCCCCUACAGCUCCGAGAUGCCGUGCUCCUCAACAACAUCGUGCAGAACUUCGGGCUGCUGGACCUGGUGAAGAAGGUGCUGGCGAGUCACAAGUGCCAGAUGGACCGCUCGCGGGAGCAGUACGCCCGCGACCUGGCAGCCCUGGAGCAGCAGUGUGACGAGCACCGCCGCCGGGCCAAGGAGCUCAAGCACAAGUCUCAGCACCUCAGUAACGUGCUCAUGACGCUGACCCCCGUGUCCCUGCCGCCCCCCACGAAGCGGCCCCGGCUGGCUCGGGCCACAUCCGGGCCGGCGGCCGUCGCCUCGCAGGUGCUCAGUCAGUCUGCCCAGAUCGCCCUCAGCCCUGGCGUGCCCGUGUCCCAGCUGACCGGCGUGCCGCUCGGCAAAGUGGUGUCUGCGCUGCCCUCCCCUGUGCUGGGCAAGGCGCCCCCCCAGGCCGCUCCCGCCAGCUCCCCCGCCUCACCGCUGCUUGGGGGGUACACAGUGCUGGCCUCGUCGGGCGCCGCCUUCCCCGGCGCGGUGGAGAUCCACCCGGACGCAUCGAGCCUCACGGUCUUGAGCACGGCCGCCAUGCAGGAUGGCAGCACCGUGGUCAAGGUGGUGAGCCCCCUGCAGCUGCUCACCUUGCCGGGCCUGGGCCCUGCCCUGCAGAACGUGGCCCAGGUGUCACCCGGGGGCAGCACCAUCGUGACCGUGCCCACGGGGGCCGUUGAGAGCGCCGUGGCCGCCUCGGGGCCCGAGGAACAUACGGCCACCAUCGAGGUGGCUGCCAUGGCGGAGGGCCCCGAGCACAAGUAGACGCUGGUGGAAGGCGAGGCCCCUCGGGGGCACAGGGCCGGCCGCCUCUCCUCAGGCCGUGGCCGGGCAGGAGCGCGGCCCCGGCGCCCCGCGGGUGACGUGGGGCUGAACCAAAGAGAGGAAACACCGAAACAGAAGAGGAGGAAAAGGGAUCGCGGACGACAGACCUGUGCGGCCGGCCUCGCUCUCGGACCUCCUCCCCCUUCUUUCUUAGGAAAUACAUUUUUCCAUCUGUUGCUUAUUGACACUGUCUACACGUUGGGCCUGAUCAGGAGCCAGGUAGAGAGACGAGGAGGCAGAGCCGGGGAGCGGGCACAGACCCCGUGGUGCAAGGGGCCUCUCGGGGGCCUGAGCCGGCUGGGGGAGGGGGUGUCACUAACACAUGUCUUGGGAACCGUCCCCAAGUAUGGAAACCCACGGAUCCUAUGGAUUUGGCUUCUUCCCACAGUUUUCUGUAGGUUUAGUGUGGCCCGGCACCCUGUCCUCCUGUCUCCGAACAGGCCUCGGUGCUGGGCUGCGGUUCCUGGGCACCCGGGAGGGUUGGAGGGAACCCCCCUGGCACCCGCCUGAGCAGGGGGCCGUGGAGCCCCAGCAGCAGGGUUUGCCAUCUGCCCACCUCCCUCCACCCGGCAGGGGCUCGAGGGGCCCCCCCGGGGCUGUUGCACAAGCACAGGGGGUGUUUUUGAGUGAAUCGUUCUGUAGGCUUCUAGGAAGAGGCAAUGCUGAGUGCCGGGCUCCCUGAAUUCGCUCUGGGUUCCAGCGUGCUUUCCAGAAGCAGCUGUUGGGACGGCCCACGGGGGCUGUGUGUGCUGGUGGUUCCCGCUGCUCCAGCCGUGAGCGCGGGGCACCUGCAGGCCGCCUGGGGAGUGUGACUGUGUGUGGCCCUGGGGCUUCGGCCCCAGGAGCUGGGGGUGUGGACAGAACCAGACAGGAACUGGGGAUGAUGGCCUGGGCCAAGGGUGCUCUGCCCCCCCACCCCAACCCCUGGGGCUUGCGACUCCUGUGACCAUGACAGCCUUAGCACGCCCCCCCCCCCCCGCCCCUGCCUGGAGGUGGAGAUGCACGUGCUGGCUGACGCUGCUGCCUGGGGCCUUCAUCUGCGCCUGCCCCAGGAGUCCUGGUGGGGGCUGGGAUGCUCACCCCCAUGUGUGAUGGCCAUGUGUGGGCCAUCGGGAGGUGUGAUUUUGUACACAGGAGGGAGAGUAGGCAAGGGUCCCCUGAAGGGCUGGGGCCGUCGCCGGCAGGGCCCCAAGGCCCGUCUGAGCCCUUGAGAGGCAGGUCCCCUUAGACCUGCCGGUUCGUUGCCUGCUGAACACCCUUCUGGGGAGGGGGCGGGGGCUCCGAGGACAAGCUGCCGCCCCACUGUGCUUUGAAGGGAACUGAGCUCUGUGUGUCCUUCCAUCCCUCAGGUGCCCCAAACCUACCGGAGCGGGCCUCGCCCCCCAAGUCAAGCCACUGAGGUGGUCUUUUUCUGUUUGCUUUCUGUUGCGUACUUGUUUGCCGUUGUCACGGGUCAGCCGGUUUCAGCAUGACGUUUACUUGCUGGCGUGUGUCCUCAACCUCACCGAGUCCCGAUGCUGUUGGGCCUGCAACCCCCCGGGUGGGCCCCGCCUGGCCUGGCCUGUCUGUCUGCACCAGCUCAGACCGUAGGAGAAACCAUGCGGAUGGUCUUGGCCGUUUGUCGCGGCCCCCUUUGAAGCCGCUGCCCUGCCCUCAGACCGCAGGGGUGUGGGAGGGAGGUGUGCCUCAGGGCCAUAGAAGCAGAAGCCACAGCUUCCGAAGUAACAAUAAGGGCAGCCCCUCCCCACUUCCGCCCCGGCUGGGGGCAGACACCUGUGCCUGGAGGGGCCCUGAGCGGGGGGAGGGUUCCUGGGGCUCUGUCCCUGCUGCUCCCCCCUUUCCGGGCGCCUCAGGGCGGGACCACAGGCGGCUUCUGGGGAGCGGGACUGGAUUGGGUUUUUCUUGGGGUGCCAGGUGCCGGCUCAGGGGCAGCCUGGGGAGGGGAAGCAUCCGGGUUCUACUUUGUAUGUUGUUUUGCAAGUAUCUGCUUGGUACUUUGAUUUACAGUAAAAACAUUUUUCAUAA